AUGGAGGACACUUACAAUAACAGGACUUCCCUGGCUAAGGGGGCCAAGGACAUGGUCAAGGAGGCCAAACGGCAUGCAGCAAAGAAAGUCAACAAGGUGGUGGACCGCGCCACAGACGAGUACUCAUCCCAACACAACUACAGCCGAUUCCAGGAUGAGGAGGACGAAGAUGAGGAUUUCUACCGGAACCCUCCGAGGCAGGGCAGAGAGGGCAACCAUGACAACGACGAGGGCUCCAGCGAUGCGACAGAGGGCCACGAUGAUGAGGAUGAGAUCUACGAGGGCGAGUACCAGGGGAUCCCCUCUGCAGGAGAUAGGAAGCAAAAGGAGGGCCAGGUGGCAUUGGGACAACCAGUGUCAGAUGCCACAAGGGACCAAAAGGGGCUGGAGCAGGAGAGACAGGCUGAUGAGGAGGAGCUGGCCCAACAGUACGAGCUGAUCAUCCAGGAGUGUGGCCACGGGAGGUUCCAAUGGCAGCUGUUCCUGGUGCUCGGGCUGGCACUCAUGUCAGACGGGGUGGAGGUGUUCGUGGUGGGCUUUGUGCUGCCCAGCGCAGAGACAGACAUGUGUGUGCCCAACUCCAGCUCGGGAUGGCUAGGCAGCAUUGUUUACUUGGGGAUGAUGGUCGGAGCGUUCUUCUGGGGAGGGAUGUCUGACAAAGUGGGCCGCAGACAGUGCCUCUUGAUUUGCAUGUCCACCAACGGCUUCUUUGCCUUCCUGUCAUCUUUCGUCCAGGGAUACGGCGUGUUCCUCCUUUGCCGUCUCGUCGCAGGCUUUGGGAUAGGAGGUGCUGUGCCCAUCGUUUUCUCCUUCUUUGCAGAGGUGUUGUCCAGGGAGAAAAGAGGAGAACACCUCAGCUGGUUGUGUAUGUUCUGGAUGAUUGGAGAGAUCUAUGCGUCUGCUAUGGCUUGGGCCAUCAUACCACACUAUGGUUGGAGUUUCAGUAUGGGUUCAGCGUACCAGUUUCACAGCUGGAGAGUGUUUGUAGUCGUCUGUGCCCUGCCCUGUGUGUGUGCCGUGGUGGCGCUUACCUUCAUGCCAGAAAGUCCCAGGUUCUACCUUGAGGUGGGGAAGCACGAUGAAGCCUGGAUGAUCCUCAAACAGAUCCACGACACCAACAUGAGAGCGCGUGGGCAGCCGGAGAAAGUCUUCACCGUAAACAGGAUUAAGAUCCCCAAACAGCUGGAUGAACUGGUGGAAAUGGAGUCAGAGUCUGGCAACCGAUUUUCCAAGUUCUUCUUUAGGAUAAAGUCUGAAAUACAUGGGAUCUAUCUGAAUCUCAUGAAGUGCUUCAACUACCCUAUGAGAGAAAACAUGAUACGACUAGCCAUAGUGUGGUUCAUGCUGUCAUUCGGGUAUUAUGGCCUGUCAGUCUGGUUCCCUGAUGUCAUCAAACACCUUCAGGCAGAUGAGUAUGCCUCCAAAGUGAAGCUUCACAACAAUGAACGCAUCGAAGACUUCACCUUCAACUUCACUCUGGAGAACCAGAUACACAGAAAUGGCCUCUUCAUCAACGACCGAUUCAUCAACAUGAAGCUGAGAUCUGUCACCUUCAUCGACUCUACCUUUCGUAACUGCUACUUUGAUGAUGUGACAUCGGUGGGCUCCUUCUUCCGCAACUGCACCUUCAUUGAAGCUUUCUUCUACAACACAGACAUUGAUGAUGCCAAGUUGAUAGACGGCACCGAGGUGGUGAACAGCACAUUCACUCACAACAAGAAAGGAUGCCAGAUGACGUUUGAUGAUGACUACAGCGCUUACUGGGUUUACUUCAUCAAUUUCCUGGGGACGCUGGCCGUUCUGCCCGGCAACAUCGUGUCCGCCCUUCUCAUGGACAAAAUUGGGCGUCUGUCCAUGUUAGGUGGCUCCAUGGUCCUUUCAGGCAUCAGCUGUUUCUUCUUGUGGUUUGGCACCAGUGAGUCCAUGAUGAUUUUCAUGUUGUGCCUUUACAACGGCCUCAGCAUCUCUGCCUGGAACUCCCUGGAUGUGGUCACGACUGAGUCAUUCCCUACGGCCAGGAGAGGAACAGGCUUUGGGUUCUGCAACGCUCUGUGUAAGCUGGCUGCAGUCUUGGGGAACCUGAUUUUUGGUUCUCUUGUCGGCAUCACAAAGUCCAUCCCCAUCCUCAUGGCCUCGUCUGUGCUCGUCGGGGGAGGCCUGGUUGCGCUCCGGUUGCCUGACACCAAGUUGAAUGUCCUCAUGUAACAGCGGCUCGGCGUUCAGCAGCUGGGAUUAAAAACCUGGAUAAAACCUGGGUGAAUCCGAGAGGAAGCCCAGGGAGCGUUGAGCAAGGAGUGCAAAUGGCUUGGUUCACACAUAUCUCAACACUAUUCAUCGCAUUUCGCUAAUGUUUAGGUUUAUCAUACAAAUCAAAACUCAUUAGAUUCCUUGUUGGUCAAUAAUAAGCUCAGCCUUUUUUGUGAAUGUAUUGUGUGGAGAUUUCACAUGACAGCUGAGAGUGUGCACAGGUUUUGAGACUUUGGUGGAGUUUUUCUUCCGUGACUGGUGGCCCCCUUCCAGCUGCAGCCAUAACCUGAGUGUGUGGAGUCACUGCAUGGUUAAAGCUCAAGGCUUUUAAUAUUGAUACAGUCUUAUUAGGACAAGCCAGAUGGGGAGAAAAGUGAUAAACAAGCUGUAAUGAGCACAGCCAACCUUCUGUGUGACAACGUAGGGAAUAGAUGAUCAGACGGAGCGGACACACGACACAGCUGUAUGACAGCUGGCUUGCCCACAACACUCACAAGUACACAGGACAUGUUGUAGACGGUGUGCAGGAAGGCAACCAACACCAAUACAUAAACAGCCACACUUAGGUAUAUUUUAUGUGCAAAUACAUGUCUUAAAAUAGACUGAUACGACAUAUACUGUAUUUUACGCAACAUGACAUUUGCUCAGACAUCUGCGACCUUUUCAAAAUAGAUAAUUCAACGCCAAGCCCUUUGCAUUACCUACCCAACCAUGAAUCAAAAAGGCCAUAUUGAAAAACUGUAUUUUCUUGUACCAAUAAUUGUAUGGUAGCUAUGUUGAAUCUGAGGCUACUUAUUUUAUUUUCUUCUUUUGCUUUGUGUUAUUGUGGAAGUUGGAAUGAUGAAUUAUUCAUUUUAUCCAAAUGUUGGUACUCCAGGUCCCCAUCCAUGUGUUGUGUUAUUGUCCCAAAGGCUCUCUGAUGAGCUCUUCUUCUCAUUUAGCUUUGUGUUGGAUCUUUGCUUGUGGCAGUGGCGUUGAUAAUGACAUGUCAUGCUGCUUCCUUUAAAAAUACUGAAUGGCCUUUUUUAAAUGUGCCUCUCCUUAACUGGAGCAGUCUGCCCAUAGUCAUGUGGUGUCCAAAGGUUAUAAGGAACAGACAGAAACUGAAUAGGAAGUAAAUAGAUAAAAUAAUCAUGCUGUUUUUGUGUGUGUAUAUAUGUGAAAAAUAUAUGGCCAGUAUCUUAUUAAGGUGUUAAUUAUUUUUUGGUCUAAAACUCAUUUCUUUUGUUAAACAUCACUAUUUUUAUAAAACUUUUAUUUUGGUGAGAUAAGCCUCUUCCGCUCCUGAAAAACAAUUCCAAUUGUUCCAAUAGGUGAAAUGAACCUAACAUGAUCAAAUGGUGUAAGUUACCGAGCAUGACUACAAAGUGAUAAUGUAAAUAACAACCACCUCUUUAUGAGGGCUAAUUGGUGCCACCCAUGAUGAAAAAGUGUCCUAUGGAAACCUUUUGGCUUUUUUUAUUUUAUUUUAAAUCAUCUGGGAGAUAUUUAACAGAAAUUCUGUUUGCAUAUUUGUUACAUUUCAAGUUGUGAAACAAAUUCAAAACUGGGUGAUAAAUUUGAGCUUUGUCAUUUAAUUGUCAUCUAAUUUUGCCAUAAUCUCACACUUGAAAACAUGACCUACCUUGUACUCGUUAUUAUGUAUCUUGUCUUUCAACAUUGGAACCUCAGUGCAUACUGCUAAAGGAUAAUAAUAAAAUCACGUUGCUAUUUUCAAAGUGUCAAAAUACCUCUUAAAAAUUCAAAUUGAUAUUGACAUUUUUCAGAUAUAACAUAACGAUUCAGUUGCUCUCAGUCUUGUUUGACAUGGAUUAUAUUUUCUGUGGCUAACAGCCUGCGUCCUCCUGCUUUUCUGUGUAUUUGUGGUAUCUGUGAUUGCAGCGUAGAGGUAGUUUGCCCUUGCACAGUUGCACUGCAGUUGGCUUUGUCAAGGCUACACAACAACAACAAAAACAACAAAGACUUCCAAAGUGGUACUGUACAUGUGCAUCCAUUUCCACGGACCCAACUUUUCUCAGAUUUUGUAAAAUCAGUUGGAAAAUACAUUCUGAAGAGUGCUGCUACUGUGCAACAGAUAUUUUUUAAACAAAAGUAUUCUAAAUAAAUGCACUGAUAUAAAAACAAAUUACUUUUGCUCAGCGUCAAUCCAACGCUACGUCAGUUGAUCUGUGUGUUUCUGGAUGAGUUAAAACAUGAAUUAGUGGCAGAUCUACCUGUUGUGUUACGUUGGGGAGAAAUUAUAUUACCUGUUAUGUUUGAGGUGUUUUUGGGGUAUUGCUUAAAUGUACUGUAUUUAUGUGUGUGCGUGUAUAAGAGAGAGUACUGUAUGUGUGUGUGAGUGUAAAUAAUGUACAUAUCAAAGCUGAUAUUGGUGGACUUGGGUUAUAUGUGUAUAAGCUCCUUGAUCGACUCAUGUGUCUCCUGCUUUGUCCAAGCGAUAAAUCCAUCUAUUGUGUCUCUGUUGUAUCACAUCUCAGUGUGUCCUUGGCUUUUUAGCCCCUACGCACCUGCUACUGUGUGUGUAAGUGUGUGUGUGCGUGUGUGUGUGUGUGUGCGCGCACAAACUUGCAUGUAUGUAAGAAAACUUUUCUUCUUUUGUGCUCAACUUUGUGUUCUUACUGUAAAGUCUCCUGGGAGAAAAAGAUGGCAAUAUUCUGAUUUUUGUUGAGGAAAAAUGUGAAUGUAUCACUCUUGUAAGUUCUGUUCAUCCAUUUUAUGGAGGUAAUCAAAUGUACGUGGAGAAUAAAGCUGUGUAUAUUAUUGUGAAAGGGCCUGCCAGUCAUCGGAUGGCUGAGCUGUAUGUUCAGAGGUCCAUAAGUGUGAAAAUAUGUGAAGAAAUAUUUGCCAAAUGAUGCCCUGUGAAUAAACUGGAAAGGCAGGGAUUGCAGACUGUGCUGCUUUUGAACAUGUAUACAAUAAAAGCUAUGUUCUCUAGCAAA